AUGGCUCAAGGUCCAGCUCGUCAAUUCGGCGUUACUCCGCCCAUCUCCAUGGCGUUGCCUACGGACGCCGAGAACAAGAUGAACCAUCUCUUGAUUGAGGAGUUAAAAGCACAAGGUUCAUUCGAGAGUCCGGAGGAGUCUGAGAAGAGGGUCAAAGUCCUCAAUGAAAUCCAGAAGAUGACGGAGGAGUUCGUCAAAACAGUCAGCAUGGAUAAGGGAAUGACGGAACAAAUGGCCAAAGACUGUGGUGGUAAGAUCUUUACCUACGGUUCCUAUCGUCUCGGUGUGUAUGGACCUGGUUCGGAUAUCGAUACCUUGGUUGUGGUACCACGUCACAUCACCCGCGAGGAUUUCUUCAAGACGUUCGAUAAGAUGUUGCGUGCGAGGCCUGAGGUGGAUGAAUUGUCUUCCGUUCCGGACGCAUAUGUCCCGAUUAUCAAGAUGGAGUUCAGUGGGAUCUCGAUUGAUCUUAUUUUUGCGCGUCUCGCUAUCCCGCAAGUCCCUCUCAGCCUCGAGCUCGACGACAACAACCUCCUCCGCAAUGUCGACGAGCGCGACGUUCUUUCUCUGAACGGUACCCGGGUUACGGAUGACAUUCUCCGCCUCGUACCCAACCCCUCCGUCUUCAAGCACGCACUCCGCACCAUCAAGCUCUGGGCUCAACGCCGCGCAAUCUACUCCAACGUCCUCGGAUUCCCCGGUGGAGUCGCCUGGGCAAUGCUAACCGCCCGAAUCUGCCAACUCUACCCAAACGCCAUCUCCGCCACCAUCGUCUCCAAGUUCUUCCGCAUCUACACCCAAUGGUCCUGGCCACAACCCGUCAUGCUAAAGCCAAUCGAAGACGGACCCCUCCAAGUCCGCGUAUGGAACCCCAAGAUCUACCCCCACGACAGACUCCACAAAAUGCCCAUUAUCACCCCCGCCUACCCCUCCAUGUGCGCAACCCACAACAUCACCGACUCCACCAAAAGAGUCAUCAUCGCCGAACUCGAACGCGCAGGCGACGUCGCCGACAAAAUACUGAUCGGCCGUGCCCCCUGGUCCGAUCUGUUCGCCAAGCACACGUUUUUUCAUAAUUACAAGUACUACCUCUGCGUCACCGCGUUCUCCAAAACCAAGGAGCAGCAUUUGAAAUGGUAUGGAUUGGUGGAGAGUAGGGUUAGGCAGCUUGUUAUGAAGUUGGAGAUGGUGGAGCAGAUUGGACUUGCCCAUCCGUAUGUGAAGGGGUUUGAUAAGGUGUAUUAUGCGGGGAGUGAGGAGGAGGCGAGCACGAUUGUUGAUGGGGAGAUUCCGGCGAAUGUUGUUUGUGAGGCUGCGGAUUUGAAAGCUGAGCUUCCCGUUUCUGCAGCUGCCGAUGCGCCUAAAGUCGAGAAAGACGAGGAUGGGCGGAUUAAGGUUUAUACGACCUCCUUCUACCUGGGCUUGGAGGUCGUGCAGCAAGAGGGUCAGGUCCCGAAGAAACUCGAUAUCUCGUGGAGUACGACCGAAUUCUACGAAUUCUGUAAGAGGUGGGAUAAAUACGACCCCGAAUGCAUGAAUGUACGGGUGAAGUACAUGAGAAGUUUCGACCUCCCCGACGACGUCUUCGCACCUGGCGAGGAACGCCCAGCAAGGCCCGAGAAGAAGACGAAGAAGGGCGGGAAGAAGAGGGCGUUGAAUGCUGACAAUGCAGUGGAGGUUGGGGUGAAGAGGGUGAGGAGUGGUGAGAGUGUGCAGGCGUGA